AUGGCGUGUGGAAGCAGGAGGGUCACCAUUCAGCUGGUGAAUGAGGAGGCAGGGCCUGGGACCAGGGGCCCGAAGCUUUUUCGGGGCCAGAACUACAAUGCAAUCCGAGCAGCCUGCCUGGAUGAGGGAAUCCUGUUCCAAGAUCCCUACUUCCCUGCUGGCCCUGAUUCUCUUGGCUAUAACCAGCUGGGACCGAACUCGAAGAAGGCCAAAGGGGUGGAAUGGAAGAGGCCGCAUGAGUUUUGUGCUGAGCCCCAGUUCAUCUGUGAGGACAUGAGCCGGACAGACGUGUGUCAGGGGAGCCUGGGUAACUGCUGGUUUCUUGCCGCCGCUGCCUCCCUCACUCUGUACCCCCGACUCCUGUGCCGGGUCGUCCCCCCAGGAAGGGUUUUCCAAGGUGGCUAUGCAGGUAUCUUCCAUUUCCAGCUCUGGCAGUUUGGCCACUGGGUGGACGUCGUGGUGGAUGACAGGCUGCCUGUGCGUGAGGGGAAGCUGGUGUUCGUGCGCUCAGCUCAGCGGAACGAGUUCUGGGCCCCACUCCUGGAGAAGGCCUAUGCCAAGCUCCACGGAUCCUAUGAGGUGAUGCGAGGCGGCCACAUGAAUGAGGCUUUCGUGGACUUCACAGGCGGUGUGGGUGAGGUGCUCUACCUGAGGCAAGGCACCCCAGGCCUCUUCUCUGCCCUGCGCCAUGCCUUGGCCAAGGAGUCCCUUGUGGGCGCCACUGCACUGAGUGAUCGUGGUGAGUACCGUACUGAAGAUGGGCUGGUGAAGGGACAUGCAUAUUCAGUCACCGGCACACACAAGGUGUCACUGGGCUUCACCAAGGUGCGGCUUCUGCGGCUGCGGAACCCGUGGGGCAGUGUGGAGUGGACCGGGGCCUGGAGCGACAGCUGCCCACGCUGGGAUGCACUCCCCACGGAGUGGCGAGAUGCCUUGCUGGUGAAAAAGGAGGAUGGCGAGUUCUGGAUGGAACUGCAGGACUUCCUCCAACACUUCGACACCGUCCAGGUCUGCUCGCUGAGCCCUGAGGUGCUGGGCCCCAGCCCGACUGGAGGCGGCUGGCAUGUUCACACCUUCCAAGGCCGCUGGGUGCGCGGCUUCAACUCUGGCGGGAGCCAGCCUGGUGCCGAAACUUUCUGGACCAACCCCCAGUUCCGGCUGACGCUGCUGGAGCCUGAUGAGGAGGAGGAGGAGGAUGAUGAUGAGGGGCCCUAUGGGGGCUGGGGGGCAGUGGGGGCACGAGGCCCUGCACGGGGGGGCCGCAUCCCUAAGUGCACUGUGCUCCUGUCACUCAUCCAGCGCAACCGGCGGCGACUGAGGGCCCAGGGCCUCACUUACCUCACAGUGGGAUUCCACGUGUUCCAGAUCCCAGAGGAGCUGCUGGACCUGUGGGACUCCCCGCGCAGUCGGGCACUCUUGCCAAGCCUGCUGCGCGCCGACCGCUCGCGCUUCUUCUUAGCUGAGACCCGCACACGCCAUAUCCCCAGCAGCGGGGUGAGCAGCCCCCUCCCCCAUCUCUCAUCUGUAAUUUGCAGGGAGAUUGAUGACGUGAUCAGCGCCGACAUGCAUGCCCUCAUGGUCCCCUACAUUCCCCUGGAGCUGGGAUUGGAGCAGCUGUUCCUGGAGCUGGCAGGAGAGGAGGAAGAACUCAGUGCCCCUCAGCUCCAGACCUUAUUAAGCAUUGUCCUGGAGCCUGCCAGGACCCAUGCUCGGAACCCCAGAGAAAUCGGGCUCAGGACCUGUGAGCAGCUGCUACAGUGUUUUGGGCAUGGGCGAAGCCUGGCCCUGCACCACUUCCAGCAGCUCUGGGGCCACCUCCUGGAGUGGCAGGCUGCAUUUGACAAGUUUGAUGAGGAUGCCUCUGGAACCAUGAACUCCUAUGAGCUGAGGCUGGCGCUGAAUGCGGCAGGCUUCCACCUGAACAACCAGCUGACCCAGGUCCUCACUAGCCGCUACCGGGACAGCCGUCUGCGUGUGGACUUCGAGCAUUUUGUGUCCUGUUUGGCCCAGCUCAUCUGCAUCUUCCGCCACUGCAGCCAGCACCUGGAUGGGGGCGAGGGGGUUGUCUGCCUGACCCACAGACAGUGGAUGGAGGUGGCCACCUUCUCCUAGGACCUCAGCACAGGAGCCCCUGCAGCUGGAGGCGGGAGAGCUGCCGAGAGCCCCACCCUUCCCUUCUCCCAGCCUGGGAGAUUAUUCUACAGGACUGGGGUUUAUUCUACAGGGAGGGGGCUGAUGCUCGAACAUUAAGCAGAGGUUCAGAGCAUGACCGUGGGAGGCAGCCUGCCUGGGGUUGAUUUCUGGCCCCACCACCCACCAGCUGGGUGACACUGGGCACAUCACUGCACCUCUCUGUGCUUUGCUCUCCUCACCCGUAAAUGGGCAUGGCAACAGCACCUUCCUUGUGCAGGCUGCGUGAGUUAGUGCGUGUUACACCCUCAGAAUGGUGCCUGGUCCAGGAUGGGUCCCCAGCAGCACUCUUACUUCCACUCACUCAGGCGAGUGGGGACCGUGGCACUCCCACACCCCACCUCGCUCUGGGAAGAGGUGCUUUUUCAUCCAUCUCCUAAGGAGUGGAGAACAGAGAUAGGAGAAGAGAGGACACUGUAGGAAUCCUUCUUAAAAAUAUUACAUGUUUUAUUAUCCUGUCCCCAGAAGGGUGGUUUAUCCAGAAACCGAGAAAAAAAUAAUCAGAAUAAACUCAAAAAAGG